AUGCCUCACGACCUGCUGCGCAUAGUUCCUCUCAGUCACAACGGUAACGGCGCCCCGCCCGAUAUCGCUCCCCAGAAGACCCUUGGGGUAAACGUCUGGACGGGCCACGAGUUCCCCGCCUUGCGGGCUAACCCGGCCGUGAACGGGGAUUCGUACAUGUUGACGAGAGCCGGAACUAUGCGCAGAUGCCCAGGGCAUGCUGGCGAAGCCCAUUCCGGUGCUUAA